AUGGCGCCCAUAAAAGACAGCUUCCUUGACCUGGAAAGGCAUAGGCAGCUUCUUGAAGACAAUGUGGAGAAGCUCAGAAAUGCCAUGCUGCAGUGGCAGCUCUGGGAGGCCGAGUAUGAGGCGCUGAAGGACGACGUGGAGACCCUUGGCCCUGAAGCGAGCCCCGCCGACCUGGCGAGAGUGCGAAGGGACUUUGACGGCCAGCUCGUCACCAAAAAAGAAGUCACCGAGAUCUUUGGCGGCGCCACGCUGAAAACCAGUGAGCAGAUCGUCAGUCUGGUGUCACGGCGGGUAGACUAUGUCUCUCAGAAUGUCAGAACGCUGGAGAAACAGCUCGAGGCGGCAGAAAACAAGCUCGCCGCGGCUGCUGUCAUCAGCAAUCCGGAUGUUAGGGACGAAGAGGGUCAGCCGGUGACGGACAUCAUCGAAGAGCUGGACGACGACGAUAAUGUUGUCUCGUAUCGUUUGCAGACUCCCGGCAGUGUUCAGCCGCAGAUUCGGGAGGCUUUAGAGAAAGCAGGAAUCAAAGAUUUACCUGACGGUACUCAGAAGCCUGAACCCGAACAGACAGCUUCCUUGGACCAGCCCAAUGAAGCUGCAUCGCCGGUCCUCGAGUCACAAGUGACUUCCAGCACGGAGCCACAUGAGGCAAAUGGGAAGCAUGAAUCAGAUCCAGAGGAAGCAGAAUCGAGAAGGAAAAGCGUUACUUUUGCAACAGACACCAAGCCCGGCCAUGAGAGUGAAGAUGAAGAACUCAAAGCACAGCGAUCAAGGACGGCGCAGCGCUUGGUGGGAAUUAUUCAGCAAGCAAAAGAACAAGAAAAGCCAUCGUCAGGAUCUCCUAUCAUACCGGAAGACGAAUCCGCAGAAGAUGCAGAUCUUCGGCGAGAGAUGCUACAGUAUAGUGCAAGUGACAUCGCACCCAUUGUAGCAGAGCUGGAACUGGACGAAGAUUACUCUGACAACGACGAGGACUGGGAUGACGACCUGGAUGACGACGACGAAGAUGCCGAAGACAAGUACGGGCGUUACAAGUAUAGCCUCAUUGACGAUGACUAUCGUGAGCGGAUGAAAGAACUCGAGCAGCGACUGGGAUUUAAGUCCUCCCGGACUAUCGCCGAGGAAGAGACAGAGGAGAAUGGAGUGGGUGAUGAAGGCAUUGGCCGCGUUACCAUCGUCCCUGCACCAAGUGGGAACCCAGCCCCUAAUGAGUCUGUGGCAAGCGCUUUGAGUAAGGGUGGCUCCGGGGCGAAGGUCUCGAAGUCGGUGCAAUUCGCCAAUGCUUUAGACAUUGCGCCCAAAGCAGAACAGACACCCGCAGCCAAGCCAAUCAAGGAAACCGAACCAAGAGUAGACCCGCUAAGCGACAUCGUGGAGAGAAGUGCCGUUCCAAAAACUACCAGAGAGGAACGGGCCAAAAGAACUUCCAAGUUCAAGGCAGCUCGAGCCGGUGUUCAGACACAGUCGGGCUUAUUACCCAAGGGGCCAGCAGACGCCCCUUCCAGAUUCCUGGAACAGGAUGUUAGAACAGCUCCCACCGGUCCAGAUGGUCAAACAAUAGCCGACACACUUGUCGAGAGGCUGGAUGCAACCGGCGUGAAAGAACCUGAUGAGCUCGACGCAACCCUAUUGCACCAAGAGGCUGCCAGUGAAUAUCACCGCAUGCGCAAUCGCAUGAUACAGAAGGACGGAGGCUUCCUCAAAGAGAACCAAUCAGUGGUUGUUCCUCUAGAUGAGGAAGAGGGCGGGCCGAAGCGAAUGAGCAGAUUCAAGGCAGCUCGCCUGUCAAAGCAGUAG